GGGCCACCUUGGACGCUCAACCCCGUGCGAAAGGCAUAUGAUCCGGUUACGAACUGGUUAAGAACCCUGGCAUUCACCCAUCCGUCGUAUCAUCAGCUACGCGGUGAUUGCUAUCAGCGAUUGGAAUUCCUCGGAGAUGCUGUUUUAGAUUAUGUGAUCACUCGGUUCCUCUACGAGGAUUCCACACAACAUUCCCCGGGCGUGUUGACCGAUUUACGUUCAGCACUGGUGAACAAUAACAUUUUUGCGGCCUUAGCUGUGCGAAUCGGAUUGCACGUUUAUUUGCGCGCCUCCUCACCACAACUACUUCACACAAUAGACACGUUUGUUCGGCGAUCGAGUCAUUAUGACACUCACUUCCCUCUAGAGGUCUCAGAUGAUGUGGAAAUACCUAAAGCGUUGGGCGAUAUAUUUGAAUCCUUGGCUGGUGCCAUCUUCUUGGACUCAGGGAUGAGUUUGGAUACUGUGUGGACCGUAUUCUAUCCACUCAUGAAGGAGCGAAUCGAACGUUACACUGCAUGCAUUCCCAAGUCACCUGUCCGUCAGUUGUUGGAGCUGGAACCUGAAGGAACCAAAUUCGAACGUCCUCGGCGUACUGCAGACGGACGGAUAUCUGUGUGUGCUCAUGUCCUGGGCAAAGGACGCUUUUACGGAAUCGGACGGAACUAUCGUCUAGCAAAAAGUUUGGCCGCUAAAAGAGCUUUACGUGUGUUACACAAAUUGCAAGAGACACAGCACACAAGUGGUCCGAAUGGGACUGUUGCUCCAGCAUCUUCGCUAACCACCAAUCGCUAG